GAGGACCUUGAAAUGAAAAAUGCAACACUGCUGACACAGUUUGUCCUCACAGGGCUCCCGUAUCAACUGGAGUGGCGAAUCCCCAUCUUCUUGGCAUUCCUGGCAAUAUACCUCAUUACCCUGGUUGGGAAUCUGGGUCUGAUUAUUCUCAUCAUGAAGGACCCUCACCUCCACACACCUAUGUAUUUUUUCCUUGGGAAUUUAGCCUUUGUAGAUACUUGGUUGUCAUCCACUGUGACACCAAAAAUGCUAGUUAAUUUAUUAGAUAAAUAUAAGAUGAUAUAUUUCCCUGAAUGCUUGAUUCAAUUUUUCUCUUUUGUAGUCAGUGCAACCACAGAAUGUUUUCUCUUGGCAGCCAUGGCUUAUGAUCGCUAUGUGGCUAUAUGCAAACCUUUACUUUACCCAGUUAUUAUGACCGAUAGACUAUGCAGACAGCUAUUAGUUUUAUCUUUUGUAGGUGGCUUUCUUCAUGCCUUAAUUCAUGAAAGUUUUUUAUUUAGAUUAACUUUCUGUAAUUCCAACAUCAUACAUCAUUUUUAUUGUGAUAUAAUUCCAUUGACAAAGAUAUCCUGUACUAAUCCUGCCAUUAAUUAUCUAAUGGUUUUCAUUUUCUCUGGUUCAAUACAAAUAUUCAGCAUUGUGACAAUUCUUGUAUCUUAUACAUUUGUUCUCCUUACAGUUUUAAAAAAUAAAUCAGAAAAGUGUUCAAGCAAAGCCUUUUCCACUUGUGGAGCCCAUCUCUUCUCUGUAUCAUUAUACUAUGGCCCUCUUCUCUUCAUGUAUGUGCAUCCAACAUCUUCACAAGCAGAUGAUAAAGAUAUGAUCUUCUCUCUAUUUUAUACCAUCCUAAACCCAGUAUUAAAUCCAUUUAUCUACAGUCUGAGGAACAGACAAGUGAUAGAAUCACUGAGAAAGAUAUUCAAGAUUAAUGCUCAGAUCUCUUAUUAA